AUGACCUCGGCUCCGUCGCGGGGGUCCGUCGAGCGGCGGCAGUGUCCACCCGGCCUCGAGUACCUGCAGCUCAUCGACCAGAUGCUCGUGCACCAGCAGAUUCAGUUCAUUGAGCUGCUGGUGGGGUACGAGCAAGCCAACAAAUACGUGGUGAAGAAUACGAUGGGGCAGUUCAUCUUCUUCGGAGUCGAAGAAAGCGACUGCAUCGUUCGCUGCUUGUGCGGACAGAACCGACCCUUCGAGCUCCGGCUUCUCGACCACACCUCUCGGGAAGUGAUACGCCUGUUCAGACCGCUUCGAUGCAGCUCUGGCAUCUGCUUCUGCUGCCUGCAGGAUAUGUCGGUCCAGGCACCUCCUGGUAACGUGGUGGGCUACGUCAAGCAAAACUUUUCUAUCAUCUUCCCGAACUUCUCCAUCCUGGACGCCAACAGAAAGCUUGUCCUGCUCGUGAAGGGCCCUUUCAUUACUUCCAGCUGCUUCGGCGACGUCGUCUUCAAUAUUUUUACUCCCGACGAAAAGCACAAGGUCGGCAUGAUCACAAAAAAUUGGACCGGCAUCUUCAAGGAAAUGCUCACGGACGUGGACAACUUUACCGUGGUGUUCCCCAUCGACUUGGACGUCAAGUUCAAGGCGGUGCUUUUGGGAUGCACGUUCCUGAUUGUGAGUGGCUGCUUACUCGCUGCCUACGGUGUUUCACGCGUUCGCGGUCAACGUUACUAG